AUGUUCGCCGCUACAGUAAUCGGGGAGUGGACAGAUGAACGCCUGAAGUGGUCACCUGAAGAGUACUGUGGAAUAGAUCAUCUCUAUCUGGGAAUGAAGGAGAUAUGGAUUCCCGAAGUCACGAUAACGGAAAGCGUGCAAGAUUUCCCAUUUGACGAACAAACAUGCUCCAUAAAAUUGAUGUCACAGUCGUACUCGCCCAGAGAGUACGGUUUGAAAGCGACCUUCUAUCCAGGCAAUGGUGAAUGGCGAAUUGAUAAUAUCUCUAUAAUAGUGUCUCCUGUGGACGACAUGACCAUCUUUGAGAUGACAAGCUACGUGUUCUCUAUGAAAAGAAAUCCCUCAUUCUAUAUUUCAAUGAUUAUCACACCGUCGUUUAUCAUUAACGUGCUCUCUCUUAUUGGUGUAUUCCUCAAGACUGCCGACAGCAUGGGCAAGCUUGGAAUCGCCUUAACGAACGUAAUGUCACUAACAUUCAUCCUUGGAAUCCUUGCGACUGCGCUACCGAAAACAGAAGCGUUACCGAGAAUC